UGCGCUCUUUACCCUACGACUAUCCUUCUCUCCCAACCACCGCGGAAUCCGCUCGCGGUGCGAGGCCAGCGAGCCUGCCCCUGCCUACGCCAGGCGCCGCAGCAGCAGCAACAGCAGCAGCAGCCGCCGCUUAUGCGGGCGGGCGCAGACGCAACAGACGCGUUGUUUUGCUCGCUCGUCUGCUCUCGUUUCGGGUUGCGCGCUGAUCAAAGCCUUGUUGCUGCUCGCAUCGCGCAAAGUGUUCCGAAGCUCGACGAACCUCUCGGGACCUGACCGUGUGUGCUGCUUCGUCGCCAGUGAUCCCUUGUGGCCACAUUUCCUACAUCGCCUGUACUUCUUGCGGAAGCCUCUCGGCGGUGUUGCCCACGGAGUUUCUGCAUUAUUGGAAGCGCCAUAGUUUCGGAUUUCUGCCGCAUCCGGGCAAGCUGCGUGGGCGUGGUGCAGUUUCUUAUUAGCCACUUGUUCAAGUUUUAUCCGGUUCUGAUCACGCGUUUUGUGUUUGUACCUUUCUCAUAAAUAAGACCAUCUUUCACUUACUCACGAAACUGCCCACUGUCCCGGCAUUUGGAUUGCAAAAUUAAUCGACUGACAGAAAAGACCAUGGCUACCUCUAAAGAACGGGAGCUUGCACUGGCGACGGACAUUCCACCAGUUUACCCCGAACUUCCCCCGCCGUAUCCAGACUUGAAGGAAACACCGCCGCCGUAUGUUCAGUAUGUGCCUUCGGGACCAUCCGGUAAUAGGUUCGGUGGUUUGAACCCUGCGUCAUCAGUAGUUCCCCCACAAGGAUCACAGCAUAAAACAACCCGACUGACGAAAAGAACGAUUGUGAAAUCUGCCGUGUUCGCUUCUAUUUUUGUGGCGAUUGCCGUCGUGGCUAUACUGCUUCUUCUGCGAUUUGUCAAGGAGAAAGAAUACCCAAUGCCCCCUGAAGUGGCCAACCUAAGCUUGGUGGCCGUUGCGGGUGACUCGUUCACCGCGACGUGGGACCGGCCAGAGGGCCGCUUCGACUACUACUGGAUCGAGGUUAUGGACGACGGCAGUGGCGCAGCUGGCGGCGGGCUCACGACACCGCACCGCGUCGGAACCUGCAGCAAUGGCACCAUCAUACACCCGGACCGGACCCAGGUCACCUGCGGACACAUCGAUGCCUGCUCCAAUGUGAGCCUGAACGUACGCACCCACGUCACGGGUCCACCGGAACGCACGUCAGCGGCCGUCGUCCUGCAGGGCAUCUUCAUACCAGGAAAAGAUCCGGAUCCACCGAAAAACAUCACCGUGGCUCCUGAAUCGCCUUCGCAGAGCCGGAUUUCAUGGGAUCCGCCUGUGGCCUACACGGGCGUGCUCGACGAAUACGCAGUAAAAGUGUGCUACACGUUCGAUUCGUGUGACGCUGGAGCCGAAGUGUCCACCUGCCGGGAGUUUAACACACCUGAUACUUCCCUACACUUCGAGAGCACCGUCGACACGUCCUACUGCGUCCUUGUAACGACUACCGCCCGCUGCGGCAACGACAUCCUCAGAAGCUCGCCGGAGGUUGCCCAAAUUCGUACCCCUUCUUUCGCACCAGGGGACUUCAAGAUAUACGCCACUGCCACCGAUUCCAGGACUGUGGAAAUUGAGGUCUUUGUGCCUGAAGUUAAGAACGGUGCCUUGGAGAAAUGUUACGGCACGAUGCGUGGCCCAGGAAGUGAAAUUAACUUUCUGUGCAACGAAUACGGCGGCAAGUCGUCCACGAUUACUCUGAGCUCGCUGCAACCGGGAACGGAAUACAACUGCACUGUAACAUUUGCAAACCUCUACGACGGUCGGGAGAUGGCCACACGGAAAUCGAUCUCUGUCAGAACGCCCGAAGAACCGGUAGAACGUGAUUGGAAUCAAGAAACCUGGGAGCCGCGGUCCCACGAUCGACCCUACAUGGCCGCUGGCGUGGCUUUGCUCCCGGUGCCUGCAGUGCUCUUUGUCUGUGCAGCAGCUGUUCUAUCUCUGCGUGGGCUACAGUUACAGCACCACUGAAUGCGCUGCCGAAGAUAAUAGGCUGACGCGUGCAAAACGAGAACACAUUGUCAUCGAAGCCGCGCAUCGCUGUGCCCGCAGGAGGCCUUUAAGUGUGGCGCUAGUAACAAUGGUUAGCGCGAUGAAGGUAUCUUGUGAAAGAAUGUGGCACUACUGCGAUGGCGAUUGCAUUGUAUAUAGGAAGAAGCACCACUUCUUAUUGUGGGUAUGUACAAGGGUGAUAUAAUACGCUGCCAAAGACAAAAGUUUCGCACUCGACUUUAGUGACGCAGUUCCACAACUAUCGAAGGAUCAAGGAACCCGGAAAACCUUGACCUUGAUCAUAAGUGGGGGGUCAUUGGCGUGAUCUCCUUGCGUUUUCGUUUGCUUUAUUUGAUACGUUGAUUUGUCCGCUGACGUUGUAACAACUUUGACGGGUCUCUCUCAUUUUUUUCGUUCAUGAGACACCAUUUCAUAUCCAUGUGAAGUCUUCUCCACAGAAGGCAAAGACGAAUAAGAGCAAAUUACGUCAGAACUUUUAUAUGUUGUUGUAUGAAGCCCAUUUAUAUUUCACUUAGGGGAUGUUCAUGGUGAAAGAGUAUUAAAUCUCUACAGCUCACCGACUGUGCCCAGUGGUGUACUGCAAGAUCUUUUUCGGUUUCCACUUGGAAAAAUGAAUUGGCCUUCCGCCUUGUAUCUGGCGCUAUUAAUUGACGUGCAAAGAAUGAUGAGUGGUGGAUCGAUAGGUGAAGUUGACAGAUAACACAUGGAGUGUCAAUUGUGGAGUCGUAGUUUGUUUUGUAGCUCUUUCUUCUGUGACAACCAAGUUUCUUGUUUUUUAUAUGUGCCUCAUGGCAUUGCCGAGGCAGAUAAUUUUCUUUAUAAUGAACUUAUUGUGCUUUAUUUCAAACAUGUUAGCAAACGUUGUGUUUUUAUCUUUUUCAAUAUUCAUUUCAAGUGCGUUAGGAACACCUGGUGUUAUUACAAAUGCCAAGGGCCUAUAACUUGAAGCAGUCAGACCAUUACCACAUAUGCCUUCCAUGCGCUGUAUAAACGUGGCAAAAAUGGCGUUAUAGACGCGAGACCAACUGAAGUGCACUUUCUUCAGUGUCCCAUAUAUCUUCUUUUCCAUUUCACCAAUGACUGAUGAGAAAGUGCGUUGUGAAAGUUCAAUAAAAAUCUCUUCUUUUUUUAA